AUGUCACGUAUUUUUAGUGAACAUGCGACUGAAGAGAGAGGAGAAAAUGCUCGAAUGUCAAGUUUUGUCGGUGCUAUUGCAGUUGGUGAUCUUGUAAAGAGUACUCUUGGACCCAAAGGAAUGGAUAAAAUUCUUCAGUCAGCUUCUACUGGUGAAAUUAUAGUUACUAAUGAUGGUGCGACUAUUUUAAAGUCUAUUGAGCUUGAUAAUGCUGCUGCUAAGGCUCUUGUAAAUGUUUCUAUGACUCAAGACAAUGAAGUAGGUGAUGGUACAACAAGUGUUACCGUCUUGGCAGCAGAGCUUUUGAGAGAAGCAGAAAGGCUUAUUGAUUCUAAAAUACACCCACAGAUAAUUAUAGAUGGAUAUCGUAUUGCUGCUACUACAGCGCUCAGUGCAUUGUGUGAGUCUGCUGUUGAUCAUAAGGAAAAUUAUGAACUAUUUAGGAGGGAUUUGGAAGAUAUAGCUCGUACCACACUUAGUUCUAAGAUUCUUGCUCAAGAUCGAGAUCAUUUUUCAAAAUUAGCUGUUGACGCUGUCCUUAGACUCAAAAGUACUAACCUUGAAAGCAUUCAAAUUAUUAAGAAGUCUGGAGGGAGAUUAAGAGAUUCUUAUUUGGAUGAUGGAUUUAUAUUGGAGAAAAAAAUUGGUGUUAAUCAACCUAAAAGGCUUGAAAAUGCUAAAAUUCUUGUUUCAAAUACUCCUAUGGAUACUGAUAAAGUAAAAGUUUUUGGUGCACGGGUAAGGGUAGAUGCUACUAGUAAACUUGCAGAGUUAGAAAGGGCUGAAAGAGAAAAAAUGAAAGCGAAAGUUGAAAAAAUAAAGGCACACGGGGUUAAUUGUUUUGUAAAUCGUCAACUUAUUUAUAAUUGGCCUGAACAGUUAUUUGCCGAUGCUGGAAUGAUGUCUAUUGAACAUGCUGAUUUUGAUGGAAUAGAAAGGCUUGCGCUUGUUACUGGUGGAGAAAUAGCAUCAACUUUUGAUCAUCCAGAAUAUGUCAAACUAGGAAGAUGUGAUUUAAUUGAAGAAAUUAUUAUUGGUGAAGAUAGAAUGAUUAAAUUUUCAGGAGUUGCUGUUGGAGAAGCGUGUACAAUAGUCCUUAGAGGUGCAACAUCACAGCUUCUUGAUGAGGCUGAAAGAUCUCUUCAUGAUGCAUUAGCAGUAUUAUCGCAAACUAUGGGUGAUUCUAAAGUUGUUUUGGGCGGAGGUUGCUCUGAAAUUCUUAUGGCAAAAGCAGUAGAUGCUGCUGCGUCUAAGGAAUCUGGAAAAAAAGCCUUUGCACUUGAGGCUUUUGGUCGAGCCCUUCGAAUGAUACCUACGAUUCUUGCAAGUAAUGCAGGACUUGAUUCUAGUGAACUUAUUUCUAAAUUGCGUUCUGUUCAUUAUAAAGGAAUGACUUCAUAUGGUUUAGAUUUGAUUAACGGAGAAAUAGCAGAUAUGAGGGAUGCAGGGGUUGUUGAGAGCUACAAGUUGAAGCGAUCUAUUGUUUCAAAUGCAUCAGAAGUAGUGGAAAUGCUUCUAAGAGUUGACACAAUUCUUAGGUCUACCCCUAGGCCAAGAACUCGUUAA